AUGCGCGUUCCACAGAACAAACUGCAGAAGAUCAAGGCGGCCAUACACUGCACCCAACUUCUGCUCAUAUUCGUGGCAGGAUGCCUGACUCUUGCCGUCAUGACGAAGAAUGGAGGCUUUGGAGGGCAGACGGCCUUCUACUUCGCAUUGUGCUUCAUCACCAUCCCAGCAAUCCUCUACCAAGUCAUGGUUCCAAUGUGGUCUCGCGCCUGGCGCUUGAAUAACGUCUACGCCUAUGCAGUCAUCGACGUUCUGUUCGCCCUACUCUGGUUCGCAGCAUCCAUUGCUGUCGCCGUGUGGAACGCAAAAGGCAUCGCAAAAGGCAAGACUACCAAGACCGACGAUACCGACACGAGCAAGAGCUCCACCAAAUUUCUCUUCGCCCGCGCCGACACCACAACGAAAGACGGCACGUGCAACUCCUUCGCUUAUGGCAGCGCAAGCAAGUGCUCCGUGAGUAAGGCCACUGUCGGCUUUGGCAUCGUCAUACUGCUUCUUUUCGCAGCAACGACGUACAUAUCGAUACAAGCCGUUCGACAAUAUCGACAGAGCGGCGCUGUACCUACCAUGAGCUUCAGAAACAAGAAACAGGAUGCACUAGAAAACGCGGAGGAGGCCAAAGUGUGGUCCACCAGUACCGAUGAGCUGAACAAUGCCGAUGAUCGACUAUCGUAUGGCGGUUAUGGCGGAAACACUACCUCAGACCAAGACGGCUUGCUUGGCGCAGGUCCUCGACGCUCCGGCUCAGGCGGCGUUGUGCACCCUGAGGGGCCGGAUUCGUACUCUCACCUAGCGAACCGCGAGAAUCUGGACACAGCCGGUCAUGGUGAGUUCCUAAUGUGGCCCUCUUCUGCUCCCACGAAAGGCUGCUGA